AUGGCGCCGCGCGCAUGCGCACUAUUGCUCCUCGCGAUCGCAACCGUCGCUGCGCGGGAGUGCAUCGAGUUAACACUAGCAGACAAAAGUUUACUCACAGAUUCGAUAUUGAAUGGUACUAUAUUAAAACUAGCCGCGAAAAAUGAAAGUUUCGAUGAAAGUGGACGGUUUAAUAUUGUGAAAUUGUGGGAACAAUUCCCUAAAGUUGUGGUGCCCAGUAAUGGGACAAGCGAGCAAUGCCGACGGGACAGCCAGCUGUACUUAGACAGUUUGGACCGACUGGAACUAUGGGCCCUAAAAAUGUUCGAUGCAACAGCAAAGCCCCCGUCAGGUAUCCUAAGCGGCAAUGGAAAUCAAUAUGGCGACUACGACGAGUGCCUCAGCAUCGAUGGCGCGGUCCGAGGGAAGUACUGCCUCGCUUCCCUGGAGAUAAGCUUCAGUGGAGACAAGAACCUAGAUGAGAUCGACACGUUGGUGCAUAGCGGACAUUAUAUUCGUAGUAAUAUUACUGAUAUGGGUCAUCGCGUGCCCAGGUACUCCAGUCUGCUCUGGGGAGUCUGUAUUCCCAGCUCGUGCAGCAGUUUCGACCUGGAAGAAGAACUGUCCCAGAGGGUAGCAGACCUUGGGAUUUCAGUUAAAGUCCACAACAAUAUGUGUUCUGUGAAGAGCUUUAAACGGCCGUACUCAUUUGGGAAGACACUUUCUAUAACAUUCUUCCUAGCCAUACUCCUACUUCUGAGUCUAGGCACAAUGCUAGACGAUGGAAAAGAAGGAGUCACAAACUUCGAGAAACUUCUAAACGCAUUCUCUUUGAAGAGGAAUUUGAGGAAAGUGUUCGACUUGUCUGAUUCUCCAACUAGGGAGAAGGGAGUCGAUGCGUAUAGAGGGAUGAAUGCAUUCGCAUUGCUUAUAGCACACAAGUCUAUGGCAAUGGCACACAACCCUUACGUCAACAAAGUCAGUUUUUCUGCCGUAUUCGGUAUGCCAUGGGCAGUGGUCGGACGAUCUGCGAUCCUCUACACAGACAGUUUCCUCUACCUGAGCGGGUUCCUCAACGCUCGCAACCUCCUCACAGACCUCGAGAGGAAAGGAACCAUCAACCUUAAAGACAGACUUAUCGCCAGAUGGUUUAGAUUAUUCCCUCUGUUCGUGAGUCUGAUGCUGUUCUGCACGUACAUCCUACCAGACCUGAACAAUGGUCCCCAGUGGAACCUGGUGGUGGAGGAGCACAGCAGGGUCUGCGAGAAGAACAUGUGGAAGAGCUUCUUAUUCAUCCACAAUUACUUCGGCUUUGAGGAUAUGUGCCUCACCCACACCCAUCAGAUCGGCAUGGACAUGCAGCUCUACGUGGCCACCUUACCCCUGAUGCUGGUCAUCUGGAAGUACAGUACUCUAGGCUGGUCCCUCCUGGCUUUGAUGGCCGUGGCCUCAACUGUACUCCGAUACUUAGCCAUUUAUUGGUACGAUAUCAGCAUGUUCGUCUACUAUGGAAUUUCAGUACAAAAACUACUAGAUGCAGCUCGUUAUUCAUACAUUCUGCCGACACACAGAGCUACCAUCUACUUGAUAGGAGUCGUGAUGGCGUACCUUAUGAAAACAAAGAAAUUGAACUUCACACUCACCAGUAAUCAAACAAGACUCCUAUGGACGUUCUGUUUGGUGCUGAUGACGGCUACCAUCGCGACCCCAUACAAGUGGGGGCUAGAAGGGUACCAGUACGAACACUUCCCCGCUGCAGUGUUCGCAGCAGUAUCACCAAUACUAUGGGGAGUGUUCAUGUGUGUGUCACACUGGGCCAUAGCUAAUGACUAUGCUGGUAUAGGAACCGCAUUCGUGGAGUCGCGAGUGUUCAAGUUCUUCAACAAGAUUGCGUAUAGCGUGUACCUGACGCAGUUUCCCAUCUUCUUCUACAACGUCGGGGUGCAGAGACAUGCGGAGUAUUACUCGCCUUUAUUACUGGUGCACAUUCCAGAAGUGUUCACAGUGACAGCGAUAUCAAUAUUGACGACUGUGGCCAUCGAGAUGCCUUUCAAUCAAGUCUACAGGAUAUAUUUCGGACAAUCACAGAAGAAACUAAAAGAAAAAUGA